AUGGGCAGCUGGAGGCUGCUCCUGGUGUCCCAGAGGUGGGCACUGAGGAGCUCAUGGCUAUCCUCCCUUCACCUCCCGGCUUCUCUCCCCCUCUCGGCAGCCUGCGAGUGCCACGGGAUGCCCAGGCGGUGCGUGCUGGACUGGCAGCUCCUGCGGGACACGGGGCAGGGCUGGCGCUGCGUGCGGGACGCGGCGGGACCGCCCUGCGAGCGCUGCCCCGACGGCUUCUUCCGACGGCGGGACGGGACCUGCUGCCUGCCCUGCCGCUGCCACCCCCGGGGCUCCCUCAGCCCACAGUGUGACAGCCACGGCCAGUGCAGCUGCAAACCUGGUGUGAUGGGCGAGAAGUGCGACCAGUGCCAGCCAGGCUUCCACUCCCUCUCUGAGGCUGGGUGCCAGAGGAGUGGGCAGAGCCUGCAGUGCGAGUGUGACCCGGCUGGAAGCCUGGGGGGCUGCCCCUCUGGCCGCUGUGUCUGCAAGGAGGGAGUCACCGGGGAGCACUGUGAGAGGUGCAAGGGGAGUUUCUAUAACCUGGAUGCCAGGAACCCCCUGGGAUGCUCCCCCUGCUUCUGCUACGGGCACUCGGCCACGUGUGUCAGUGCAGACAACUACAGUGCCCACAACAUCACCUCCACCUUCCAGCAAGGUGCUGAGGGCUGGCGUGGUGUCCAGGGCAGCAGCUCCCCAGCCCAGCUCCAGUGGUCCCCACGGCACCAGGACGUGUUCCUCACAGCAAGGACACCCCAGCCCAUCUACUUCGUGGCACCCGCAAAAUUCCUUGGCAACCAGCAGCUGAGCUACAGCCAGAUCCUCUCCUUCGAUUACCGGCUGGACCGAGGGGGCCUCCAGCCAUCUCUGCACGACGUGGUCCUGGAAGGAGAUGGCUUGAGGGUCACUGCCCCCUUCCUGCCCCAGGGGAAGGUCCUGCCUUGUGGCGUCAGCCAGACUUACACCUUCAGGUUGGACGAGCAGCCGAGCAGCAACUGGAGCCCGAGGCUGAACCACCUGGAGUAUCGCAGGUUGUUGGGAAACCUGACGGGUCUCUGGAUCCGAGGCACCUUCGGGGAGUACAGCACUGGCUACCUGGACAACGUCACCCUGGUGCCGGCGCAGGCGGGGGCCGGAGCCCCCGCGCCCUGGGUGGAGCGGUGUGAGUGCCCAGCAGGGCACUGGGGGCAGUUCUGCCAGACAUGUGCCCCUGGCUUCCACAGAGAUGUUCCCAGCCUGGGGCCCUUCAGCGCCUGCGUUCCCUGCCAUUGCCCCGGGGGAGGAAUUUGUGAUCCCGACACGGGCGAAUGCUACUCGGGAGAUGAAGACGUGGGCGACAGUGUCACCUGCCCUUUCGGCUCCUACCGGGACCCGCGGCAGCCCCAGGUCUGCAGGGCCUGUCCCUGCAGCAAUGGCCAAGGCUGCUCGGUGGUGCCAGGCAGUGAGGAGGUCUCCUGUGACCAGUGCCCUCCUGGAGCUGCUGGAAAGGUUUUCAUUGGGACGGAUGAUGUGGAUGGAAAAAGGAUGGGUGGGAAAGUGGACCUGUACCUGCAGCAGCUGGCAGAGCUGGAGGUGCUGCUGUCAGAGGAGCAGGCUGGUGGUGGUUCUGAGAGCCAGGAGCUGGAGGGCAGGAUGCAGCUGGCUGAGGAGAUGCUGCAGACCAUCCUUGGGGAAGCCCUGGGCCUGCAAGCCUCUGACAGGUCCCUGGAAAGCCGCCUGGCCAGCAUGAAGGGGCAAGGGUCCAGGUCCCAGAGCUGCGUGGACGAGACCAAGGCCACAGUGGAGAGGCUGAGGUCUCUCAGGAGCCAGUACGAGAGGCAGGUGCAGGACACCAGGCACCUUCUGGAGAGGGCCAGGCUGGACCUGGACCGCAGCGGAGCCGCCCUGCGUCGGGUGAACAUCCCUGUUUCAAACCUUCCCGGGGGCUCCAGUCAGCUCUUGCUGCUGGCCCAGGAGGCAAUGAGACUGGCCAACAGCCAGCUGGACGCUGUGGGGGCCGCGGGGCGAGCGGCGGCGGCGGCGCGGGGGGACGGGCAGCAGGGGCUGAGGCUGCUGCAGGAGGCUGGGCAGGGGGGCCCGGGGGGCUCCCCGGCAGCUCUGCUGGCCAGGUACGAGGAGCUGAAGUCCCUGGCUGGAGGCCUGAAGGCUGAGGCAGAGGGGCUGGGCCCCCAGGCACACCAGGUUUACCAGGGGAGCCUGGAGCUGCUCAGCUCCCUGUCACGCCUCACGAAGACCGACAUUGGGUCCUUUGAGGGGGAGGUAGCCCUGCUGAAGAAGGAGGCCAGUGCUCUCCUGAGCCUGCUGGACACGUCCGUGGCCCAGCACAGGCAGCUGCAGAGCAGCACGGGGCGCUGGGAGGAGGAGAUCAAGGAGCUGCUGCGGAAAGGAGAGGGCGAGAGAGCGACUCUGACCCGGCUGCUGUCCCGAGCCAACCUGGCCAGGAGCACAGCCCUGCAAGCCCUGAGCGCCGGCAAUGCCACCUUCUCCGAGGUGGAGCAGAUCCUGAAGAGCCUUCGAGAGUUCAUGCUCCAAGCAGAUGACAAGAGAAGGGAAGCUGAAGAUGCCAUGAGGAGGCUGCCCACCAUCAGCAGCGUGGUUACCAGGGCCAGGGAGAAGACAGACCGGGCUGAAGCCACCCUGGGCAGUGCAGCUUCUGAAUCCAAGGCAGCCAGCAGUGCUGCAGAGGAAGCAAAGGACAUCACCAUGAGGAUCCAGCAGGAGAUCACAGGGCUGAGGAUGGAGGCCAACAGGACAGCUGAUGGUGUCCUUGCCCUGGAGAAGGCCGUGGCCUCCCUGCAGCGUGAGUCCAAGGGGCUGGAUGGGGAAUUUGAGAGGAAGUUCUCAGAGGUUGAGGCUGAUGCUGCUGCUUUGGAGGAGACAGCUCAGGAAGCUCAGAGGGUCCAUGCCAAGGCUGGGGAGGCAGGAGUGGCCGUGCAGGAGACACUGAGUGCCCUGGAGGAGCUGCUGCGGCUGAUGAACCAGCCUGGUGCAGUGGAUGAGGAUGGCCUGAAGCAGCUUGAGAAGAAUUUUAGCAGAGCCAAGAGCAGAAGCAAGCAGCUGAAGGAUGAGGUGUUGGAGCUGGAGCAGACAGCUGCAGUGCAGAAGGCCCGGGUGCAGACCCUGGAGAGCAGCAUUGAUGAGAUCCUGGUGGAUAUUAAGAACCUGGAGGACAUCCAGAGGAGCCUUCCUUGGGGCUGCUACAACACAAAAGCCAUCGAAUUGCCAUGA